CGGUCACGGCCAUGGACGUGGUCUACGCCCUCAAGCGCCAGGGUCGCACCCUCUACGGCUUCGGCGGCUAAACUUAAAGUAGUUCAGAUUCAUACUGUCUAAAACACCAAGGCUCUUUUAAGAGCCACCUACAAAUCUCACUAUAAGAGCUGAUUAUUACUGAUGCGUAUAUCCGCGUUGUUGGGGUUAUUAGAAAAUGUAAAAAAUUAAAAAGGGUAAGAAUGCACUAGACAGCGAGUUUCCAUAGGGCUAAGAUCAUUAAUGGUGGAUGCACUGGUGAAUGUCCACCCAGCGCAGUUUGUGUCACGCGCUAUUUUGUUAGUGAAUUUUUGUUUUUAAAUCCAGCAGGCUAACUGCAGCUAGGAUUGUGCAAAUGCAGCGCCUGAGCUCUGGCGGUUACAGGACGGAAGUGCCUGAAAUUACGUUGGUACUUUCUACUCCAAUAGGAAUGGAACAAUUACAAUCCUCUCAUUUGCAUAACGCCGUUAUAAAUAGGGGGCGCAGGCGCCAUUUUCGAGGUUGUUGUGGUACAGUGAAGAUCCUGAAAGAAAACAUUAAGGAUGCCUGAGCCGGCGAAAUCUGCUCCAGCACCGAAGAAGGGCUCGAAGAAGGCGGUGACCAAGACGCAGAAGAAGGGCGACAAGAAGCGCAAGAGGGCAAGGAAAGAGAGCUACUCGAUCUACGUGUACAAGGUGCUGAAGCAGGUGCACCCCGACACGGGCAUCUCGUCUAAAGCCAUGAGCAUCAUGAACUCGUUCGUCAACGACAUCUUCGAGCGCAUCGCGGGCGAGGCGUCGCGCCUGGCGCACUACAACAAGCGCUCCACCAUCACGUCGCGGGAGAUCCAGACGGCCGUGCGCCUGCUGCUGCCCGGCGAGCUGGCCAAGCACGCCGUGUCCGAGGGCACCAAGGCUGUCACCAAGUACACCAGCUCCAAGUAGGGCGUCUCGGACCGUCGUUUUUAACCCAAAGGCUCUUUUAAGAGCCACCCACAUACUCCGUAAAAGAGCUUUAACAC